AUGGCCCCGGUAGCAAUUGAUUCGCCUGCGGCACCACCAAAGGCACCACCAAAGGUUGUGGGACCUGCGACCAAAAAGGCCACACGUCCAAGUACCCAGAUUCCUCAAUCUAUGAUCGACGAGGCACGGAAGGUGACCAAGGAGUCCUUUGACCCUAGCAAGCACCUGGAUUACAAUUACAAAUAUCCUAAGCGGAUCUACACGAUGGAGGAGAUUGGUCUUGAGAACCAGGGUAUCUCACCGAACGCGGCCUCUGAGCCAUUUCCCCUAUUCACUGAAAAUGCCAUCAGGCAGAUAAGAGCAGAAGUCUUUAGCGAAGAGUCCCUUAGGGACUGCCAGUACACCUCGACCUUUGCCAAAAAUAUGAUCCGAGGCAUGGGCCCUGCACGGGCUCCGUUUACCUACACUGCUUGGAGUCAUCCCGAGGUUGUUGCCAGACUCUCUGAGGUUGCGGGUGUUGACCUCGUCCCUCACAUGGACACUGACAUCGCACAUGUCAACGUCUCAUUUGAUGAUGGGAGCACUACUGCUAUACAAAAUCAGAAUGGCGCUGAUGAUGAUGGAACGUCCGCUUUUGCUUGGCACUAUGACAGCUUCCCCUUCGUGUGUGUGAUGAUGCUCUCGGAUUGCACUGGCAUGGUUGGCGGAGAGACCGCACUCCGGAAACCCAAUGGAGAUGUCAUCAAGAUUCGCGGACCAAGAAUGGGAACUGCUAUGAUGCUGCAAGGACGAUACAUCGAGCACCAGGCCCUCAAGGCCCUCGGUGGCCGCGAGCGAAUCAGCAUGGCCGCUUGCUUCCGGCCCAGGUCUCCUACAAUGAAGGAUGAGACUGUCUUGGCUAGUGUGCGGGGUAUUAGUGAUCUGGAACUCCUUUACACACAGUACACAGGGUACAGACUGGAGCUGCUUGAGGAGCGUAUUAGAAUCAUGUUGAAAGAAGAACGACGUCGCCAGGUCGCAAAGCGUCCGUUUAAUCUUCCUGAAAUUAGGAAUUUUCUCACCGAGCAGAAGGAGUUCUUGGAGUCUAUGCUCGAGGAGCUGCUUGAGGUGGAGAAUUAG